UGAGAAAUGCUUUCGCUGGUCCUGCGAGAGAAUGGAUGGAACAAAGGGAUCUCUCUCUGCUUUCUUUCCACUGUUUUGGGGCGCGCGCUCCUGCUCUCGAUCUCUCGAGAUAUUCAAACAGCAGUUCUUGCGACUGUGGAAGUGGGAACGCAAAUCUCUCGUGGGGUUCGCAGAAAAAUCGCUCCUGAAUCUUUCCACCGCCAUGAUUACUGCGCACACCAAGUUCUUGCACUGUUCGACUCGACCCCACCAUUUUCAAUUUGGGCGAAAGAGAUAGUCGUAAAAGCCGCCACUGCUUCAGCUUGCGUGGUCUCUCUCUCUCUCUCUCUCUCUCUCUAUUACAAAUUACUUGGAACUGCGAGAAAGCACCAAUGGGACCCAUCUCUCGACUGGCCUCUCUGCAGCACCUCCCCAGUUGUCACCAUUCUUUGCACUUCUUCGUUCUCUCUCAUCUGCGAACUUUGCUGUCUCUUCUUGUCUUGUUCUACGGCAGCGCUUCACUCCGUCACUCAACUUCCCAAUUCCCACUUGGCAAAGGUGAAGGGCCAGCCGGUACCCUCCAUCUUUAUCCAUGAGCGAGAAGGGGUUGCAAAUGCCCUCCGGCGGUUCUUGCUCCUCCUUCAUCCCCUCGUCCUUGUUCUCCGCAAUUUUGGUUCUUGGGUCGUUGAGUAGGGGUUUAGCAGAAGACCCUUAUGUGUACUUCGACUGGACCGUGUCGUAUCUCUCCAGUUCUCCCCUCGGAGUCAAGCAGCAGGUGAUUGGGAUCAAUGGGCUGUUCCCAGGGCCCAUUCUCAACAUCACUACUAAUUGGAAUGUCGAGAUCAAUGUCAAGAAUGAGCUCGAUGAGUCAGUGCUUUUGACAUGGAAUGGAAUACAACAUAGGAAGAACUCUUGGCAAGAUGGCGUAUUGGGGACAAAUUGCCCGAUUCCUGCAGGAUGGAAUUGGACAUACCAAUUCCAGGUGAAAGAUCAAAUAGGGAGUUUUUUUUACUUCCUGUCCUUGAACUUCCAGAGAGCAGCGGGUGGAUAUGGGGGAAUCAUAAUAAACAACAGAGAUGUAAUUCCACUACCUUUUGCAACACCAGAUGGAGAUGUUACAGUUUUUAUUAGUGACUGGUAUACUAAAAGCCAUAAGAAACUUAGGAAAGACAUAGAAAAGGGAAAUGACCUUGGGUUUCCUGAUGGUAUCUUAAUUAAUGGCUUCGGACCCUAUCAAUAUGACAAGGAACUUGUUCAAGAUGGCAUUACUUAUCAGAUAAUCAAUGUUGAACCAGCAAAAACGUACCGCUUUAGGGUGCACAAUGUUGGUAUUUCCACAAGUUUAAAUUUCAGAAUACAGAAUCAUAACUUACUACUGGUGGAGACUGAAGGAUCAUACACAGUUCAGCAAAUUUAUGCAAACAUGGAUAUUCAUGUGGGGCAGUCAUACUCAUUCUUAGUCACAAUGGAUCAAAAUGCAAGCACCGACUACUUCAUAGUUGCCUCUCCAAGGUUCAUUAACUCCUCUAAGUUCAGUAAAGCCGCUGGAGUCGCUGUGUUGCACUACUCCAACUCCCAAGGGCCAGCUUUGAGUCCUCUCCCCGAUCCUGGUGAGAACGAUGCCUAUGCCUCAAUGAAUCAAGCCAGAUCCAUAAGAUGGAAUGUUUCUGCUGGCGCUGCUCGUCCCAAUCCGCAAGGUUCUUUCAGGUAUGGUGAGAUUACUGUAACGGAUGUGUAUGUCAUCCUUAACAGAUCUCCGGAGCUUAUCAAUGGGAAGUGGCGUACCACCCUGAAUGGUAUUUCCUAUUUACCACCUUCAACUCCCCUGAAGCUUGCACAGCAGUUCAACCUUCCCGGUCUUUACAAGCUUGAUUUCCCGAACAGACUGUUGAACAGACCUGCCAAAGUUGAUACUUCUUUGAUAAAUGGAACUUAUAAAGGUUUUCUGGAAAUCAUCUUCCAGAACAAUGACACUAAUGUCCAGAACUACCACUUAGAUGGCUAUGCGUUCUUUGUUGUGGGUAUGGAUUUUGGAGUUUGGACAGAAAGUAGCAGAGCCACUUAUAACAAAUGGGAUGGGGUUGCUCGUUGCACUACGCAGGUUUUCCCAGGUGCUUGGACAGCCAUCUUGGUUUCGCUUGACAAUGCUGGCAUUUGGAAUCUCCGCACUGAGAAUCUUGACUCAUGGUAUCUGGGUCAAGAAUUGUAUAUGACUGUUGUCAAUCCUGAGAAUGACACAACUGAGCUGCAGUUGCCUGAUAAUGCCAUAUUCUGCGGCCUCCUAUCUUCGCUUCAGAAUGACCAAGCCCAGAGAUUCAAGUUUUCCGGUGCACCAUCUAUUUCUAAUGCCAGUAAAGCAUCUCUAAUAGCAUUAGUAGCAGUAGCGUUUGGGUGCUUUGUCCUUUCGCCAAGUUGAAUGAUUCCGCAGCGACGACUUCAUGCUAUAGCAAAAUGGGAGCAUCUUCCAUGCUUUGAGGUUGAAGGAAGCUCUAUGGCUUUUCAAUUGUGGAGGUCAAGACGUCAAGAGAUCAAGUCACCGUACAAUGUUGCUGAUCAAAGAGGUGGAAUUUCCUAACUGUAAUUUUACAGGAG